GCCAAUCCAGAGCUGUUCUAUAAGUUUGGGCGAGGGCCAGAGCCAUGGCUAGGCAAUGUCCAAAGUCAGAGGAGUCUCCUGGACCAUCACCUAGGAAAAAACCAGAUGGGCUAUAUGGAAGAGAUAGAUGUUCAGGGUCCCAUCAGAGAAAGUGAACGAUACACUCCGCCUGACAAGAAAGCCUGCCUUUCCCACUUCAGUACAGAGAAUGGCACCAUUGAGGGAGACUGGACAGGAAGAAGCAAGAAACUCUUGAGGCCGCGAUCUAUCCAGAAGUCAUGGUUUGCACAGUUUCCAUGGUUGAUCAUGAAUGAGGAACAAACAACUCUGUUUUGCUGUGCUUGCCGAGAAUACCCAUCUCUCAGGGACAGACGUUCAAGAUUAAUAGAAGGUUAUACAGGACCAUUUAAAGUAGAGACGCUCAAAUACCAUGCCAAGAGCAAAGCUCAUAUGUUCUGUGUCAAUGCCUUGGCAUCAAGGGACCCCAUUUGGGCAGCUCGUUUCCGGAGCAUCAGAGAUUCAUCUGGAGAUGUACUGGCCAGCCCAGAGCACCUCUUCACUGCAGAUUAUCCCCUAUUCUAUCCCCCAGGGUCUCUGGGAGAUUUGAGUAGCAUGGCUGAGCUUCUGCCAAGCCCAAGAGCUGAACUAGAGGACCCUGGAGGGAAUAGAACAAAUCCUGCUUUGUAUCUAGACUGCAUUUCAGAUUUGAGGCAAAAAGAAAUCACUGAUGACAGCAACAUCUCCUCAAAUAUUAAUAUCUUAUGUAAUGGUGCUAUUGAAUCCUACAGUCAGGACCUUUCUCAAGAGGGACUGUUGGAGGUCCCUGUGUUGAAGGAGCUCCCGUCGGUGUUCGAGGAUGUGGCGGUGUAUUUCACACGGGAGGAGUGGGGCAUGUUAGACAAGCGGCAAAAGGAGCUGUACAGAGAUGUGAUGCGCAUGAACUAUGAGCUCUUGGCAUCCCUGGGGCCUGCAGCUGCCAAACCAGACUUGAUCUCCAAACUGGAACGGAGAGCUGCACCCUGGAUAAAAGAUCCAAAUGGGCCCAAGUGGGGAGAAGGUCAUCCUCCAGGGAAAAAGAAGAUGGUGGCUGUGAGAGAGGUAGACACACAGGCCGUGGCUGUGGACUCUGCACCACUUCCAGCUCCUUCUGUGGAGCCGGGUACCUCCUACUGCAGCUCCAGCAUGUGUGAAGUAGAAGUGGAUGGGCCCAGGAAAACCAAGAGGACUUAUAGACCCCGUUCCAUUCAGAGGUCAUGGUUUGGGCAGUUCCCGUGGUUAGUAAUUGAUCCCAAAGAGACCAAGCUCUUUUGCUCAGUUUGCAAAGAAAGACCCAAUCUCCAUGACAAAUCAUCUCGGUUAGUCAAAGGUUACACUGGGCCUUUCAAAGUGGAGACUUUAAAAUACCAUGAAGUCAGCAAAGCACACAGGCUCUGUGUCAACACCAUUGAAAUCAAAGAAGACACCCCCCAGACUGCCCUCAUUCCAGAGAUCUCCAGCGACCUCAUGGCAAACAUGGAACACUUCUUCAAUGCUGCCUACUCCAUCGCAUACCACUCAAGGCCCCUGAAUGACUUUGAGAAAAUCCUGCAGCUCCUCCAAAGCACUGGGACCGUGAUUUUAGGCAAGUACCGAAACCGCACCGCAUGCACUCAGUUCAUCAAAUACAUCUCGGAGACCCUGAAGAAACAGAUCCUCGAUGAUGUCCGGAGCUCCCCCUGCGUGAGCUUGUUGCUGGACAGCUCCACCGACACCUCUGACCAGGCCUGCAUAGGGAUUUAUAUCCGCUACUUGAAGCAGAUGGAGGUGAAGGAGUCGUAUAUCACCCUGGCCCCCCUCUAUAGUGAGACAGCAGAUGGAUACUUUGAGACCAUUGUUUCUGUCCUGGAUGAGCUGGACAUCCCUUUCCGGAAGCCUGGCUGGGUAGUGGGCCUGGGAACAGAUGGCUCAGCCAUGCUGAGCUGCAGAGGAGGCCUUGUGGACAAGUUCCAGGAGGUCAUCCCCCAGCUGCUGCUUGUGCACUGUGUGGCACACCAGCUGCACCUGGCUGUGGUGGAAGCAUGUGGGAGCAUCGAUCUCGUGCGGAAGUGUGACCGGCAUAUUCGUACUGUAUUCAAAUUUUAUCAGUCCUCAAACAAGAGGCUGAGUGAGCUGCAGGAAGGUGCAGCUCCCCUGGAGCAGGAGGUCCUCCGCCUGAAGGACUUGAACGCCGUCAGGUGGGUGGCCAGUAAAAGGCGCACGCUGAACGCUCUCCUCGUGAGCUGGCCUGCCCUCACUCGGCACCUCCAGAGUGUGGCGGAGGCUGGGGGCCAGGUUGGGCAGAGGGCCAAGGGCAUGCUAAAGCUGAUGAAGGGCUUCCACUUUAUCAAAUCCUGCCACUUCCUGCUGGACUUCCUGAGCAUUUACAGACCUCUGUCUGAGGUGUGCCAGAAGGAGAUCGUGCUGGUCACAGAGGUGAACGCCACGCUGGGCCGGGCCUACAUAGCGCUGGAGACCCUCCGUCACCAGGCAGGGCCCAAAGAGGAAGAGUUCAAUGCCAGCUUCAAGGAUGGCUGGCUCCAUGGCAUCUUCUUGGACAGGGUAGAGAUGGCAGAACAGCGGUUCCAAGCAGACAGGGAGAGAGUGGUGCUCACCGGGAUUGAAUACCUCCAGCAGAGGUUUGAUGCAGACCGUCCGCCGCAGCUCAAGAACAUGGAGGUGUUUGAUACUGUAGCCUGGCCAAAUGGGAUUGAACUUGCCGCUUUUGGGAAUGAUGAUAUUCUUAGCCUUGCUAGGUAUUUCAAGCUCUCUCUCCCUGCAGGAUACAGUGAGGAAGCUCUGUUGGAGGAGUGGCUGGGCCUGAAAUCCAUCUCCCAGAACCUCCCGUUCUCCAUGCUGUGUAAAAACGCCCUAGCCCAGCACUACCGCUUCCCCUUGCUGAGCAAGCUCAUGGCUGUGGUGGUCUGUGUGCCUGUUUCCACCUCCUGCUGUGAGCGAGGCUUGAAGGCCAUGAACCGAAUCAGGACUGAUGAGAGGACCAAGCUCUCCAAUGAGGUGCUCAACAUGCUCAUGAUGACAGCUGUGAAUGGCGUGGCAGUAACAGAGUACGACCCCCAGCCUGCCAUCCAGCACUGGUACCUGACCUCCUCAGGCCGACGUUUCAGCCACGUCUACUCCUGUGCCCAGGUGCCAGCCCGCUCCCAUGAGAGUGUGGAGCUCAGAAAGGAGCCGGGUGCCCUCUGUGUUGGGGGGUCUGGGACCCAGGAGCCACUCAUUCUGCCCCCCAGGGAGGCAGUGGAAGUUCGGGAGGACUACAUCACAGAGCCUUCUGGGCUAUACCCCAGCACCAGCCAGGGGGGCCCUGGCAUGUUCUGAGGGAGUGGAAUCCUUGGCAUUGCCUUGGAGAUGCCUCUGCAAUCAUGGAGACAGGCUCUCUGAAGAGGCUAGGCUUCCCUAGAGUCUUUCUUUGGGGGGGGACACUUUUUAAGCACUAGGAAGUGGGCAGUGACAAGGUAGCAGAAGGCUGUAUGCCAGAGAGGCAAGGGAGCCAGGAGGCCCUGCAAGCACAGUGGUGCCUCACAGCACAUUGUGUGCUAAAAAGGUUCUUAGCA